AUGGGGUCCUCAGAUAGCGGCAGUGAUAGCGAUUUCGGUGAUUUUGAAGGAAUCUCUGACUCCGAUGAGCCUAUCCAACUGUCUUGGGAAGAACAAUUAGACUCUAUUCUCGGGCCCAGACAGGAGAUUUCACACACCAACCAGAAACAUGACCUGGCAGAACUUAUCGAGGGCGAGAGACCUAAGGUGGUGUACGAACAAUUGGUUUUAGUGGAGCCUCACCUUCGAGCCUUCCAAUGGCGACAUUCUAAAUUGAGAUCGGAACUGUUACAUACACUUCAGAUCGAAGACGUGCCAGUCGUUCCCAAAAUCACAAAAUCCGUGGAUACCUCCCUUUUCGAUCUGCUGGAACCGUAUCUGGGAGCAGGGACGGACCAGGAGCACAAAAGUAAGGAUAUAUCCAAAGUGCUAGGGAACAAGGUGCACGCUUCGGAACAUUCGUCGCCGCCACUUUCUUCUUCCAUCGUGCAAUUGCAAGCGAAAGAUCUUGACGAUUUGGAGGAAGAGGAACUGACACACACUCACGACCAACUGAUAGAUGCUAUUUCAGUAGUUUGCAAGAGCAUACUUCAAAAUGAAGAACUACGAACUCAGUUGAUUGCUGACAAAGAAAUGUUUGAAGAUUUGGUCACAAACUUAGUGGGGCACACGCAGAGACUUCGCCGUGACGAAAUCGCACAGUUCAACAAGAAAAAUCGUAGAAGUUUCAAAUACGGCAAGAAAUUCAAGUGGGCUAGGUAA